AGGAAUAUUUGGGCUCUGCUGGAAGCCCUGAAACUUCUCAAGCUUCAAGAGAUGCUCUAGAAACCCCACUUUUUCAAAAUAGCCUUGAGGAGAUGGCGCCCUGCUCCUGCCCCAGCUCUGUGCUCUGCCUCCUCCCCUCCCUGCUGCUCCUCCUCCAGCUGCCCCCUGGGGGCUCCCAAGAGAACUUCCGAGUGAUCAGCCCAAAGUACCCCAUCGUGGCGGUGCUGGGCAGGGACACCAAGCUGCCCUGUCGUGUGUCGCCCCCCAUGAACAUGAGGGACAUGGAGCUGAGGUGGUUCCGCUCCAAGUUCUCAGAGGUCGCGUUCAGCUACAAAAACGGUCGUGCACAGAGCGAGGAGCAGCUGGUCCUGUACAGGGGGCGCACGUCCCUGGAGGAGGACUCCCUGGCACAGGGCGAGGUGGCCAUGCGCAUCCGCGGGGUCCGGGUCUCCGACAACGGGCAGUACACCUGCUUCUUCAGGAAGGGAAGAGUCUACAGGCAGGCUGAUUUGGAGCUGAAGGUGGCAGGUAUAGGCUCUGCCCCCCAAUUGCACAUCACAGGGCCAGUGGAGGAUGGGGUACGCAUUGUGUGCAUGGUCUCAGGCUGGUUCCCGGAGCCCCAGGUACAGUGGAGACACCCCAGUGGGGAGCAGUUCCUGAGGUUCUCCAAGGUCCAGGCCCAGGACACUGAGGGACUGUUCAGCGUGGAGGCCGCUCUGGUGGUGAGAGACAGCUCUGCAGGGAAUGUGACCUGCUCCAUCCUCAACCACAUCUUGAGCCAGGAGAAGGCCAUGGCCAUUGUCAUCCCAGAGCCUUUCUUCCCCCGGGUCUCCCCCUGGAAGCCGGCUUUCCUAGUGAUCCUGACCUUGCUGCUGCUCCUGCUCCUGGGAGCUUCCUGCUACACCUGGAGAGAACAUUCCACACAGAUGCAGGGGCUGCAGGAACAGAGGAAUCUGUGCCAGGCUAAGGAGGAGGACAGACGGACCAAGGAGGAGGCCCUGAAGGACACAGGUGAACUCCAGGCAAUCCUAGACCAGAGGAAGGCAGCUUACCUGGCUGCCUGGAGGAAGGCCCAGCUAUAUGCAGAUUGGAGAAAGGAGAAGUUCCAGGCCUGGUCUGUCACUCUAGAUCCAGGCUCUGCUCAUGACAGAAUCGUCCUCUCUCCUGACAAGAAGAUUCUGACCUUGAAGGACUCCUAUGAGGAUGCAGGAGACUCCUGCAGCAUCCUGGGCCUUGAAGGCAUCACGUCAGGACGCUGUUACUGGGAGGUGGAGGUCAAGAAUGGAGACAGAAGUGUGUGGUUUCUGGGCGUCUGUAGGAGUGAUGCAAACAGGAAAGGCUGGUAUAAAGAGCUCACAGAAAGGGGGUUUUGGACUGUGGGGCAUGUUGAAUUAGGAUUUUGUCCCUCUACAAUUGAUAUCACUCCACUACCCCUGAGGCAGUUUCCCCACAGGAUAGGGGUUUUCCUGGACUAUGAUCACGGGGACGUCUCCUUCUAUGACAUGCCUGAUGGCUCCCACAUCUUCACCUUCCCUCGUGAGUCCUUCUCUGGGACCCUCCUUCCAUACUUCAAAUGUGUCUCAGGAGACAUGUCUAUGACCCUCUGCCCCCUGGAGGCUGGGCCCGAGAAACCCUCUGUGCCCAUGAACAAUUCUCCUUCUCUGGAGGAGCUUGUGGGUCUCCUAGGGGAGGGGAUCCCCUCAGGCUCUGGUGUGGAUGGGGCUGAAGCCUCCCUCCUCCCCUCCAACUCUGAGGCUAUGUACCCCUAGGGCCCCAUCACUGACCCUCACCUUCACAGAAGGUCUUUGAGUGAACACUCUCUGGCACAGCCUCUGAGUGAGUCUUGGGUAACAGAGAGUCUCAUCCUGCUGCUCUGAGGACAGACCCCUGGGGUGUGGCUGUGAGAGAAGUGAGUUCAUGCCUGUGCUCAGCAACCAAAAACAUUGAGUAUUGUUUGAUUUUUACUAUGGGAAGACAGUUUUAAAUUUUUUUGGUAAUGAAAUAUAUUUCAUGGGGUUUUCAUGUAACUUAGAUAAGAAAAAGGAUGAGCACUGAAUUAUUCUGAAGAAUAAAAUUGGGUUUACUUUAUCUAAUUUGAAUUUGUGCAGAAGAAUCUAAGGAUAAAAGAGGGGUCCCACUCUAUUUGGGGGAUCUAUAUUCUGUGUCCAGAAAUGUUGGCCAUCCAAACUUUCUGGGGAGA